UUCAUAAUUUCCCGGCCUCCAUGUUUGAAGCCGAGACACCAGCAUUUGAUUUUUGUGGUGUUUUGAGGAAAAUUUUGCUGGAAAUACAGAAUUGAAGUACGGCAAGACGGCAGCACGGCUUCGGGCGGGCUGAAAGCACUCUUUGCCCAUGGAACAUAGUGGCCCAGAGCGAACAAGGGUCCGUACUACAAAGGUGCCCGAUGGCCACAGUUCUUCAUCUUCUAGUUCUAGAGCUGCUAGGAAUCGCUCAUCCACCUCGGGCGCGGAGGAAGUCCAUAUAGGCAAAUAUCGUUUGAUAAAAACCAUCGGUAAAGGGAAUUUCGCCAAAGUAAAACUCGCCAAGCAUGUGCCAACAGGAAAAGAGGUGGCUAUCAAAAUUAUCGACAAGACACAGCUGAACCCGAAUAGUUUGCAAAAGUUGUUUCGAGAAGUCAGGAUCAUGAAGUUUCUUGACCAUCCAAACAUUGUGAAGUUGUAUGAGGUCAUAGAAACAGACAAAACCCUGUACCUUGUUAUGGAGUAUGCAAGCGGAGGUGAAGUGUUUGACUACCUUGUUGCACAUGGCAGAAUGAAAGAGAAGGAGGCCAGAGCCAAAUUUAGACAGAUUGUAUCUGCUGUCCAGUACUGUCAUCAAAAACAUGUAAUUCAUAGAGAUCUCAAGGCUGAGAACUUACUCUUAGAUGCAGAUAUGAACAUAAAGAUAGCAGAUUUUGGUUUUAGUAAUGAAUUUACUCCUGGAAAUAAACUGGAUAGUUUUUGUGGGAGUCCCCCUUAUGCUGCACCAGAACUGUUCCAAGGCAAGAAGUAUGAUGGACCAGAAGUGGACGUGUGGAGUCUAGGUGUAAUUUUAUACACUCUAGUUAGUGGAUCUCUCCCGUUCGAUGGCCAAAAUUUAAAAGAAUUAAGAGAAAGAGUCCUUCGAGGAAAAUAUAGAAUACCUUUUUAUAUGUCUACAGAUUGUGAGAAUCUAUUAAAGAGAUUUUUAGUGCUAAAUCCAAUGAAACGAUCCAGACUAGAGCAAAUUAUGUCAGACAAGUGGAUGAAUUUAGGAUAUGACAGUCAGGAACUCAAACCUUAUAGUGAGCCGACGCCCGAUUUUAAAGAUGAGAGAAGAAUAGAAAUUAUGCUACAAAUGGGAUUCUCAAGAGAUGAGAUUGGAGAGGCUUUGACGAAUAACAGAUAUGAUGAAGUCAUGGCCACCUACCUUCUCUUGGAUGAAAAGAGACAAAAAUUAACAUUGAAUGGGUCCAGUGAUCCACUAAUGGAAAACACUAGUGCCCCCAGACCAAGUACAUCAAUGCCAUCUGGUGUUCCUGCACCCAUUCGGCCAAGCCGUGCGAGUGCUCGGCGUGAGAGAGGAGACAGGGAGUUGCCCAGAAGGUAUACUGAAGGUCGUGUUCCUCAUAGCACAGGCUACACUGUUAGCAGAGCGGCUACUGAAACGGGUGGAACAGCAUCCAGCCAAGGAAAACCAAUGGGAAGAGGGGAAAGAGAAAGAAGUGGUGUGAUAAAGAACACUAUCCCAAAUGAUGAACGUGUGCCUAAUUCUAUUGGAAGAGCAUCAAACCCAAACAAGGCUGAAAUACCUGAGAGGGCCGCAGAUCGAAACAGGAGAGGAAAAGCCCAAAGGCAACAGAGUAUGCCAGUAAGCAUCAUCAGACGCAACACUUAUGUUUAUGGAGAAAAAAGGGCAGAAGACCGAAACAGCACCUCACAAACACCCUCAAGUCAAACCAAUGGAAAGGGAGAAAGUGUGACAGAGCCAGGCCCUAGUGGCAGCAGUGUGGCUUCUGGCAGGCCCAUUUCUAAGCAACCUCCACCAGAUCUUGGUAACAGGCUUUCACCCACACGUAGAUCUCUUCCACCAGUUGCUAUACAUCAGGAAAAUAGACAUAGAGCUGGAAGAACAAAUCCAAACACCAACUCAGACAUGCAACCCCCACCAUCGCGGUUAGGACCAAGAAAUGUGACAGCACGCAGUACAUUCCAUAGUGGUCAAACACGACCUCGCACCCAGAAUGGACCUGACCGAUCCAUGGAUCCUAAUAGCCCUGGCUCAAGGCAAGGCUUUCUUACCAAGCUUACAUCAAGAUUUAGUAAGAGUCGACAGUUGGACCCCACAAUGACCUCAAGGCCUGGUCCCCAAGCACAACGACCAAUGGAUCAAGCCCUGUCUCCAAGGGAACCAAGAGAAAUGUCUCGUGGGAGCAUGGGAGGAAGUGGCCAGGGGUUAGUGAAACUUCAUAUUGCUUAUGAUAUUCAGUAACCUUAGCUGUAGAGAGGUGUACGUCAUAUUGGGAUUCCUGUGGUAAAAAAAAAGGGAGGUUCUGGGUUUAAAAAAAUGGGUUGACAUUUGCAGAGAGCUUGAUUGUCGUAAAAUGGACAAGUUUUGCUCAACUUAAGUUACUAAAUAGCAGAGUGGUUAAAAUAUUAAACAAGAAAUACAUUCUUAAAGUAGUUUUUAAAACUACUUAUACUGUGGAAGGGAGCCUGUAGAACGCUUGUGAUUAUGUUUUCCAUUUUGCUGUUUGAAAGUUUUAACCCUUUUUUUUCAACUUCUUCCUUUGUUAUCCAUUUUUACAAAGUCCUGUUUGACUAUCUUUUGAGGGGUGUAAUAGUAGGCAUUGACUCAAGCGAUGGACUCUGUUUGUACUCCAGGAUUUAAGAAUUAGCGUAAACUUGCCGUGAAUCUGAUAUCGUUGUAAGCGGGAGUCGUCGUCGUCGUUGUAAGGAUCGAAAAUGUUGAAAUUUUGGGAAAAGAGGAA